CAGUGAGGGAGGGGGAGUGACACUGGGCGUCAACGCGAAGUUAGGUUGACAUCUGGUUACCAACAGAAGGUUACGAGUUAAAAAAAAAAUUGGAUUAUUUGAUCAUCUGACUAGCCUCGCGUAAAGGCAAGAGAUACCGGACGUGUGAGAGGCGAACGACACGGAUUUCUUUCCAAACCGAAGCCGCUUAUUCACCUAGACGGCUCCGUAUUUUGGAGGGAGACACCUUCUCGCGCAUAGGUCGUUGAACUCGCGAUGCUCGAUAGAUAGCUGCAGCAUGUUGCUGCCGAGUUAAAGAAAUCCCAAGUUACAGCUAGAGGGUAGCCGUCUCUCGACAGUGGGCUACAUCCCCACGCUAUUGGAAUUGUUUGCGGGAAAUCGGAUAGUCUGCACACUGGCCCUAGUCCUGCUCUUCUGCCGAUGGUUUGGUGUGAUCUCCGGUAACUGUGUCAGAACGUUGUAAACCCUUUCGCUGGAACCAGAAUCAGGCAUAAUUGCGGGACUUAUUUACAUUGAGCACUGGCGCGGUACCCAAGGCUACUUCACUUCGGGGGAGGAUGGACGUUAUAAUGCGUACAAUUAUUAUUUGAUAGCCUUCUGAACACGAUCUUGCCACGGAUUAAGUGCAAUUCAAAAUUGAUUGUACGUCAAACUUUAGUUUUGUGCCAAAAUCAAUGCAGUAGCCUAACACACCGGAUCCAACUGAAUGUCUCUGGUGAACUCCCUUGAAGAAGACAGCAUCAGACUUUUGUCUGUUGUGCACGUGCAGUGUUAUUGUUGGAUAUAGCUUGAUUUUGUUUUGCUCGUUUAACACAAUGUAGGAAUAGGCAGUAGGAACUCGUAUUGUUUUAACUUGGUCUAUCGGAUGGCGGUUGCUUAUUCUCAGCAGUAUAUUGUGUAAUUUCAAAAACAAAGGCUUGUAUGGUAAUAUUUCUUAUAACCCAGAUACACUUCAUUGGGUUUGAAUUGAUAUUUGAGCUCAACGUUUCUGUAGGUAGGCUAUUAUUUCGCAGCCUGAAUUUGAGUUUGAAGACCAGAAUAUUUUUAGUCUUUAAUGGUUCUUGUCAGCAUUUUAGUUAACCAUAGCCCUGAUGGAUAACUGGAUGCUAUGUGAUAGGUAAUAUUAAUUUUUAAAAGUUUCAUGGUUAAAGUUUCAUGGAGUGAUGCUCAUGGUCUCUAUAGGGGCUAUUUAUGACCCCACCAUCUCAAUGGAGAGUCAAGUGGACCACCAACUUUCUUGGAUGAUGGAAAGUAUGUAACGAGGAGUUUUUCAAGCAUCCUUUUGACCCGAAGGUAGGAAGGGGCGAGUAGCCUAUACGUUAGGUUUCUCCCCUCUUGGGACGGAGCGGAGAAAACAUAGGCACUAACAAGAGGAAGCAUAUUAAACAAGGAACCUGUUAAAAUGGCUGGCGAUUGCACCUACAAUACGCACUAUGCUAAUGAUGACACUUUUGGCACCAUCAAACAGUCAGCGGAUGGACAACAAGAGCUUGUGGGAGAUGUCAAUGGCGACCGCACGGCGCAGGGCAGCGUCAGCUCGCCGCCGUCACCGUACUUCGAGGAGAUCGGCGGUUCUCUGUACCGCAAAAAGUUGGAGAGGGGUUUUGUCCAGUAUCGAGAGGUACUGGCCGAAGAGCAGCGACAGAACGCCAUCGCUACUUUCCAUCAGAAGCGACCGGGAAAGAGACACCACACCCUUGAGGACACAUACAGAUUCGUGGCAGAGCACUACUGGUGGGAAGGAAUGUACAUCCAGGUGAGGGAGUAUGUCCUGGGGUGUGAGGAGUGCAAGCUCAGAAAGACAGACAGGCAAGAGUUAAAGGGCCGGUGUGUGUCCAGGACAAUGAUGUCACACAGCCAGGAAGUGCUGAGCAAGCUGAAGGCCCAACAGGAGGCGGGGCUUUUCUGUGACAUUACUCUGAAAACAGGCGGUGGCCACGCUUUCUCUGCCCACAAGGCCGUUCUGGCUGCAGUCAGCGAAUACUUCCAGGAAGUUUUUACUGAGAUGGACUCUGCUGCUGUUCCACAGUCAUACAUUGAUCUCACAGGCUUCAGUGAGGAGAGCUUCAUGCCCUUGCUGGAGUUUUCCUACACCUCCACGCUGACUCUGAAGCUGGAGAACCUGCCAGAGGUGUCCACCAUGGCCAGACACCUCCGCAUGUGGCCUGCUCUGGAGGCUUGCAAAGCCAUCCAGAGGGAGCAUGGAUCCCCAGGCACAGUGCACCGCGCUGGGCAUCCACUCUCCCUGGCACCUGGGUGCCCUCCCCUAGAGGUGCCAAACAGCCGAAGGACCUUUUCUCCGUUUGCACAAAGGACGGAUGCGUUUCAGUGGAAGAGAAGGAGAGAGCUGAGCAGCGGGGGGAAUGAUGACGACCAUCACGGAGGAUCAAUUUGGAACUGUGCUGCUCAGAGCAAGGAGAACAAUGCUGAUAGCCACUUUAAGCUUAGCCUGGAGGAUUCAGACGAGUCCGAAGGAGAAUGCUACAAAUGGCCAGGCUUGUUUCAGUCUCAGAACAGACUUCAUUCCAGCCACCCUCAACCUGAGGAAAAUGGCUUCCCCUGCAGUCCCAGUCGCAGGUUGAAGCUGAUGGAUUUCAAGUCUCCGUCCGUCAAGAGGAAACUGUCCGCCUGCAGCCUUUCACCUGCCUCCGUUUCCACUUCAUCUACAGCCAAACGCACUUCCCCCCGUCAACCCAGGGCUGAGGGCGGUCAACCCGCCCGCCUUCUCCGCUCCAGCCCAGGAGCUGCUCUUGCACUGAGAAGGCUCUUACCCAAGCUGGACAGCUCCUUCAAAGGCAAGCGGAGACGCAUAGGCUCCUCUUUCUGCUCCAGCUCAACUUCCUCUGCCUCCAAGAGUUUGAGUCAGAGGUUCAGUCCUCCUGAGACUGAGGCUGAAGCUGAUGAGAACCAAGGGGCGGUUCUGGUGACCCCUAUAAAGGUGAAGCAGGAACCAGUGGAGGAAGAGAUCCAGAGUGCCCGCGUGCAGGAAGAGGUGCUGAGCCCACGGACUCAAGAAAAGUACCGUCUCCUCAGCUUCUUGGGCCUGCAGAGGAAAUCCCUGUUGCCAGGUCCAGACGCGCUCAUCGGCUGGAAGCAGAAGAACCGCCUUAGGAAGCCUAAAGUCAACAAUUAUUCGCUCACCGCUCGGCGAAAACCUAAAGGCCCAGGCAGUGAUUUGGCACCAGGGGCAGUGGGCCUGCCAGGUGGUAUUGGGUCCAGCAUCGGAGUGAUGGCAGGGAUUAACCCGUCGUUCUCUCUCUGUGACAUGACCCGAGUGGAGCUGCUGCGAAGAGUGAUCAAGGCAGAACCCCUUGAGCCCAUCAGGCCUGAGGACAUGAAACUGAAGAGGAAGAAGGACGUCCACUCCACACCCCUGUUGUCUACGGUGAAGAACACCCGCAGUAAGGUGACACUCCCGCCUCUUCUGCCCACUCCCUCUAAGUGUCAGGAGGUCCGCAGGCCGCAGGAGCUUCGGCACGCUGUAAGGGAAGCCCCUCGUGCCCAGGGCAAGCCUGUAGAAUGGCCAGCUGGAGCCCCAAAGAAGCCCAUUGUCAAGGUCAAGCAGGAGCCUGUAGACUGCCCAGUCUCCACUCACCCCGCACACAUCCCACACAUCACACACCACAACUCCAGCCACUUGAGGCAGAGAGCAGCCCUGCCUCCACGCAGAACCAAGAAGUCUGUCCUGAAAGACAGUUUCGUGCACACAAGAUCUUCCGUUGUGACGGGACGCACACAGAGGUAUAACAGCAGGUGUAUGGCGGUGCAGAGUCGACAAAGACCUACCGCUAGCUCGGACAGGUCUGGUUUGCAGAGAGGUAAGGUGAAAAGACGGCUAAAGGAGAUCAGAGAGAAAGAGGAAAGCCGAGAAUGGGCUCACCACCACUGCCUCCAUCAACACUCUCUGUACAAAGCCAUCAAGGAAGAACCGGCGGACCCUCUUCCAUUGUCAGUUCCGUUACCCGAUCAGGAGAUGCCCGAGCUGGGAAAACGCCAGAGCAAGCUGCCCAUGAAGCUUCUGGAUCCAGGCUUCUUGUUCAGUUUCUGUAAGCCGGCUGCCGGAAUCAAGAGGGAGGAGGAGAGCGUGGACAUCUGCUUGACCCGCUUUGUUGCCCAUGGCAACGUACCCUCUAGCAAUUCAUCCCAUGGGAACACCAGGAGCAACACGAGGCUCCGCAGAAGGAACCUGGUCGACGGGAGAGGAUCCGAGCGCCCUCGGCGGGAAAGGCAGGGGGUCCAAUCAGUGCAGCCGUCUCAGAGGGACACCAAAGCUCUCAAGCGCAAGGUGAAGAAGGAGCCUGAGGAGAGGAGUGUGAGUCAGAGGGUUACCAAAGGUCGCGCUUGCCCACCUGCCACCAAGAAGAGUUCAAAUGCGAAGAAAGAGCCCCCAAAGAAUCUGGGCAAGCUGCUGCCGCUGCAUAGCCGCCGCGCCAUCCUCCUGGAGUCCAUCCGCCGGGCACGACUCAAGCAGCUACGGGGCCCCAGCGCCCAAGCGCCACGCGGGUCCCACGCAUGCCAGCAGUGCCGGGGAUCCUACAGGGACUGCGACACCCUCAUCAUGCACCGGAUCCGCCACAUUGAGGGGAAGCACUGGCCCUGUCCGCUGUGCAGCAAGACGUUCUUCCGCCAGAAGAAUGUCAAGAAUCACAUCCGGAAUCAUGACCCCAAGUUGUACAAAUGUCAUCAGUGUAUGGCCACGUCCUGAGAAGGGACAUCAACCGUAAGACGGAAAGCAGGCGCAGAGGGAUUCUAGAAUGAUCUUUGAAAGUGAAGUGGUUGGAAGUCCGUCAUGAUAUUUUGAAGGUGGAAGAAGCGAGAGUGUUCUAUUUUGCUUUAAAUACGCUGGCUGUGAAUACAAAGAAUUUGUCACGUAUAAGAAUAUGCUCAAAUGGUAGAUGUAAUUAUUGCUAUUAUUAUUACUGUAAUGAUUAAUAUUAAUAUUGUAGUUCCAUCCAUCCUUAUUAUUGUUAUUUAAAUGACCAAAAUGAUGUUGUAUUUUUAUGGCUACGGGACGUAACCUGAAACCAGUAGUGAAUCACUCAGGAUGGGGUGGAGUCUGGUUGUCGUGGUUACAUAUGUACAUUGUGAAUUGUUCAGAAAGGGUUAAAAUAAUGAUUACUACUAUUGUAAUUAGGGUUUACCGUUCUUAUUAAUGUUAUUAUGCUGAUUUUUAAAAUGAAUAUAGUUAUUUUGAGUGCACUUAAACUGGUAGCUUUGUCGUAAACCUAAGAGGCCCUUGUUGGAUAAUGAGCUGGACUGGGAUAUACUUGAAAGAUGAACAGUGUUUGUUGUGUUGUAGGACUAUGUGGACUGCUGUUGCUGUCAUUCUUGUCGGAUGGCCAGGCUUUAAAAGAUACAGAGAGGGAGAUUUGUGAAGAUUGUUAAGCUUUUAAUGAAGAUUAUUUGCAAGCCAUGAGCAUAAAGAGAAAUAUUCUACUGAUCGUGGGUGGGCUUUUGCCCACUUCUUAGGAGAUGUGUAUCAGUUGAAGGAGUUUGACUUCUCCAUCAAAAGUGCAUUAGAACUGAUUGGAAACGGAUGCUGAUUUUAGGCGCAGGUGUCCUCCUUUUAAAUGUCCUCAGUGUAUUGUGAGGGUUGUUAUUCCUGCUUGUGUUUCGGAUGAACUGGUCAGAGCUGAUAUCCAAUGGCAGGCUAUUCAAAAUUAACCUUGUGUCUACUGCCUACUUUUAAAUAAGGGAAUACUGCCAUAUUGAUAAUGGUUGAUUUUUGACGAUGUAAUUGACACAAUAUACUUCUUGUUUGUUCUUAUAAAUCUAAAAGGUUAUUUGCCACCUUUUUAUAUUUAAAAACUUAACAUUUGCUUUGAUGAGCUUAUGAAGAGAAAUUCUAAAUGUAUAGAAUGUUGUUUUUGUCUAACAGUCGAGCUGGGGUUAAACAACUGCAACAAGACUGAAACUGAAUAAAUUUCGCAUUUUACACUUGGACUGUC